AUGGCACACUCCAAGCGAGAUCUAAACCAUCUGGCCAUUGACCUCCUCGUCCUAUCCAGAUUCAACAGAUACAACCCGCUUCUGGCCACCUUUGCUGGAGUCUGGGCCACCCUCCUAGCCGGAUCCGACAGAAUCGCCCACUCACAGGGUCGAAGUGCAGAUACAGAUUCAAUCUCACCCGAAUAUGUCCUCCAACAAGCCCUCCUCUGCUUCACAUGCAGCUUCGUCUUCUGCGGUGCAGGGAUGGUUUGGAAUGACUGGAUAGACCUGCAAAUUGACAGACAGGUCGCACGGACAAAGAACCGCCCGCUUGCACGGGGGGCCGUCACUGCAUCUGAAGCGUUGCUCUGGAUGGGCGCUCAGUAUGUCGCGAGCUGGUUCUUGGUUUCAUGGAUGCUAGAAGGGGAGAAUGUACCAGCAGCGAUGCUCCCCGUAACGCUCAGCACGAUUCUCUACCCCUUUGCUAAACGACCCAUCUUCCGCCGCUUACACAUCUACCCCCAAUACCUCCUCGGCUUCACACUAGCAUAUCCUUCCCUAAUCGGGGUACUCGCGAUAAAAGGCCUCAACCAGCCCCUCUCAGCUUCCAUAUCCGAAUCUCUCCCGCUAGCAAUAAUGGUCUUCACCUGGACGCUCUACCUCAACACCGCAUACAGCUACCAAGACAUCGAGGAUGAUCAGAAGAUGGGCGUGAACUCUUCGUAUGUGUUCGCGGGCUCGUAUAUCCACUACUUGCUUGUGCUGCUUGCCGGACUAACGCUGGGGGCUCUGGGGUGUCAGCUGGCUGUGCAGGGGUCUGAGUGGCUUUGGGGGAGUUGGAUGGGGGUCUGGCUUUGGUCUUUCUUGGGGCAGCUGGGGAGGUUUGAUAAGACUAGGCCUGAGAGUGGGGGCGGUUUGCAUAGGGAGAAUUUUUUGUUGGGGGUCUGGACAAUUGGUAUUUGUGCUGUUGAGUUGGUUCUUUGA